AUGGCUCUCAGUCCGGUUCUGACGGCGGUCAUCGUCGCCUUCCUCUCGUGGGGCGUGUAUAAGCUGCUCCAGAUUGGGAAGAGAGACCCCAGGCUGCCCCCUGGGCCUCCCACCUUGCCCGUUCUUGGGAACAUCCACCAGAUACCCCUCACUGGCCUCUACAAGAAACUGAAAGAAUGGGGUGACCAGUAUGGUGAUGUCUACUCGAUCAAGAUUGCCAACGACACGAUGAUUGUCCUGUACGACCGCAAGGCCAUCCAUGACCUGCUGGACAAGAAAAGUGCCAUCUACUCGGACCGUCCGCCUAACUAUGUCGCCGAUCUCGUCACCAACGGCGACAGCAUCGCCUUCAUGAACUACGACAACCCCGCGUGGCGUGCCCAGCGGAAGAUAUCCUCGCACAACCUUUCGCCUCGUGCCCUCGAUGAGAAGGUGGCUCCGAUCCAGGAGGCGGAAACGGCCAUCUUCAUGAACGACCUGCUGCGCGACCCCUCCGGCUUUUACAACCACGUGAAGCGUACUACUGCUUCUACUGCUAACAUCGUCGUGUGGGGUCACCGCGGCCCGACCUAUGACGACUUUUGGGGCAGCUGCGUGUACAAGGCCCUGGAAAAGUACUCUGAAGCGCUCGAGCCGGGCGCCAACCCGCCGUGCGACCAGAUCCCGUUCCUCAAAUACAUUCCCGACCGGUUCGCGCCGUGGAAGCGUCGGGCCAAGCUGUCGUACACGGCCAUGGACAACGUGUGGCGCGAAGCUCGCCGCCGUGCGGAAGAGCGGCGCGCCAAGGGCGUCAAGCGGCCGUCCAUCUUCGACCGCAUGGAAGACGAGGACAUCAAGUCGGACGUGCCCCUCACGCAGCACCAGGUAAACCACUUCCUGGGCGUGCUGGUCGAGGGUGCCGCCGACACGACGGCCGGCUCGAUGCUGACGUCCAUCAUGUUGCUCACGCUGCACCCGGAGGUGCAGAAGAAGGCGCAGGCGCAGCUGGACGAGGUCUGCGGCGUGGACCGUGUGCCGUCGUGGGCCGACUUCGACAAGCUGCAGUACAUCAACGGCAUCGUCAAGGAGGGGACGCGCUGGAAGAGUGUGCUCCCCCUGGGCGUGCCGCACUCGGUCACGCAAGACGACUACUACGAGGGCAUGCUGAUCCCCAAGGGCGCCACGAUCGUCAUGCCCGUCUGGGGCGUGCACCACAACGAGAAGCAGGGCUUCAGCAAUCCCGAGACGUACGAUCCCGGCCGCUGGGCCGAGCACACGCGGCCCGCGUCGGAGCUGGCGGGUCUGGCCGACUUCACGCGCCGCGACCACUACAGCUACGGCUCCGGCCGCCGCAUCUGCCCGGGUAUGCACCUCGCCGAGCGCACCAUGUUCCGCAUGACGGCCAAGAUGCUGUGGGCCUUCGACAUCGUCCCCGCCACCGAUCCGGCCACCGGCGAGCCCAUCGCGCUCGACACGGAGGACUACGAGGACGGCAUCAUUACCUAUCCCAAGCCGUACAAGGUCGAGUUCCGCCCCAGGAGCGAGGCGCACAUGGAGACGAUCAAGAGGGAGGCCAAGACUGCCCAGGAGUUCCUCUCGCAGUAUGCGUGA